AUGCAUCUUCAGAAAUUAAUUUCAACACGAGAAGGUCAGCGCAGAGUUGUACAGAGGAAAUUAGACAGUAUAAUUGAUGAUAUGUCGCCACUUGAAUUUAUGUCGCUGAUAGACUAUUUGACAGAGAAAGCUGAGAUAAUCAAAGAACUGAAUGAGAAGAUAGUAAACCAGUGUGAUGUCGCAGAAAUUGAAACUGAAAUUGUAGAAAGUGAAGAGUAUUCAUACGACUUAAAUCUCAGAAUUCAGAAAUUACAUGACACUUCUCGCAAGCAUAUUCAAGACUUUACAAACAAUAGUUCCGUGGAUAAUGAAGAAAAUCUAGCGUUACCACGUCAUGCAGGUUCGAGUACUUUUUUUCAAUACAAGCUUCCGAAACUGACUUUACCUACCUUUGAUGGAGAUCAAACAACCUGGCAAACUUUCUGGGACUCUUUUGAGUCAUCAGUUUAUCUAAAUGCUUCGUUAUCGGACGUUCAGAAGUUCAACUAUCUGAAAUCUUUGCUUCAAGGUACAGCUUCACGGUGUAUAGACCGAUUUCCUUUGACAAAUACUAACUAUUCCAAGGCAGUGAGUCUACUCAGAGAGCGUUUCGGUAAGUCUCAGAAGAUUAUUCAUACGUACAUGCAGUCUUUGUUGGAACUUGCAAAACCUGACAACAGUGUGGUGAGUUUACAAUGUUUUUAUGAUAAAAUGGAAACUUUUAUUAGAGGUUUGGAAUCCCUCAGACAAUCGCAAGAAUCAUACGGUAGUUUAAUUGUACCAAUAGUGAUGGAAAAAUUACCUGGUGAGAUCAAACGAAACAUGGCACGUGAAUAUGGUAGUCAGAGUUGGAAUUUACAAGACUUGAGAUUAUCUUUAUCCAAAGAAAUUUCUUUUCUGGAAGUAGGUGAAACAAUGGAAGUGUCGGAAGCACACAAACCUACAGCGUUAUUCUUUGCUGGAACCAGACCAAAGCCGAAACAACCCAGCCACAGGCAUAGAAACGAUCAUUACAAGAAAAAUGACAAAAAAGUGUGCCCCUUCUGUAAAGAUGAACAUUCUCCAAACGAGUGCACAAAGGUCACGUCAUACAAGUCACGCAUUGCUAUAGUGAAAAAGGAACAUCUGUGUUUAAACUGUUUACGGAAGCAUCAAGUAUCGUCGUGCCGUUCCACAAAUAGAUGUCGUCACUGUCAGCGCAAACAUCAUUCUAGUAUAUGUGAUAAACAUUUCAAGCAAUCUUCAUUAAAUCCCGACGCUGCAAGUUUCACAGUACCAGCUACGUCCGACGUCGUAUCCCAACCCGAUACAGCAACUCUACACUCAACAAUUGAUUCCAGACCGGAUAUACUACUCAAGACAGCUGUUGCCCAGGUAUGUACUUCCAGUGUUUCUAUAGAGACAAACAUUCUUUUUGAUGAGGGAGCUCAGCGUUCCUUUAUUACUGAAGUGUUGGCAGAAAAGUUACAUCUUCCCCAGACCGGAAGUGAGGUAGUACAUUUAGCGUCUUUCGGUGAUACCAGCCAGCGAGUUCGAAACAUGACCAAGGGGACUAUUUCUCUUAUUACAGACGAUAAAGAAAAAAUUGACAUAGAAGUGUUGAUUGUGCCAAAAAUAGCCGUUCCGUUACGCAAUGUGAAUCAGAAUAUUUCAUCUUUACCAUAUUUACGCGGUUUGAAACUUGCUCAUCCAGUUGCAAAUGACAAAGAAUUUGAGAUAUCGUUGCUGAUUGGUACAGAUUCAUAUUGGAAAAUAGUUCAAGAUAGAGUGUUCCGAGGGAACGGUCCAACUGCGGUUCAGUCAAUAAUUGGAUAUCUUCUGUCAGGUCCGCUUCCAGUAUCCACAUACAAGCAACUUCCGGUUUCCGCACAAGAAAGACCCACGCAUCACAUGCUUAACGUUCUUACGUCACCAACAGACCCCUGUGAUCUUGAGAGAUUUUGGAGGCUUGAGUCUCUAGGAAUUUCAGAAAAUAAAGAAAAUAAGUCUACAUCUAUUUAUCAAGAGGAUUACCUGCGGGAUUCUAUAACCUAUAGCAAUGGACGUUACACGGCAAAACUACCUUGGAAGGAUGAUCAUGAGACUUUACCCACUAAUUAUGACAUAACGAGGAAACGUACUGAAAAGGUCAUCAAGCGUCUACGUCAAGACCCACAAAUCUUACAGAAAUAUGGAGACAUUAUCAAAGAUCAGGAGACGAGAGGUCUUAUUGAGAAGGUUGAUGAAACUAUCUUACCAAAACACCAGAUACACUACAUCCCUCACCACGGAGUUAAGAAAGAUUCUGUUACUACACCGAUACGCAUAGUAUAUGACUGUUGUUGUCGUCAGUCACAUGGUCAGCCUAGUCUUAAUGAUUGUCUAAAAUCGACCCCUCCUGAACUCAAUGACAUUACCCACAUCUUGAUGCGUUUCCGGUUACACAAACACGCCGUAUCUUCCGACAUAGCAAAAGCCUUUCUCCAGAUACAAUUAGCAGAAGAAGACAGAGAUGUCACGAGGUUUUUAUGGCUGAGCGAUCCCAAUGAUCCCGACAGUACUUUGAUCACAUACAGGUUCAAGGCAGUUCUUUUCGGCGCAACAUGUUCCCCAUUUAUUCUAAAUUCGACACUCUUGAAACAUCUAGAAAGCCACAGUGAUGUAUGGGUCAGUAACAUUUUGAAACGAGACUUGUAUGUAGACAACAUCCUGUCAACUUUUGAAGAUGAGAACCAGACACUUGCUUACUUCCAGGAUGCGCGCGUUCUGCUGUCGUCUGCUAACUUCAAUCUACGCUAA